ACCUCCAAAACUCCAGCCACCUUUUCACUCUCUCAGCCUCCCUCACGCUGCUGUCGAAGGUUUUUCCUACGGCCACCGCCUCCUUCUCUCUUACCCACUUUGCCUUUCCUUUCCCUCCCUUUUCACCGAAAUUUACUCUUACAGAAAGAGAAGAAAAGUAAGAAACGGGUGAGUGAAGGAGAUGUCGAGUCGGCCAGAGUUGCAAGCCCCGCCCGAGAUUUUCUAUGACGAUACUGAGGCUAGAAAAUACACUUCCUCUUCUCGUAUUGCCGAAAUUCAGACAAAGCUUUCUGAGAGAGCACUGGAGCUUCUCGCUUUGCCUGACGAUGGAGUCCCCAGAUUGCUCCUUGAUAUCGGUUGUGGAUCAGGGCUUAGUGGGGAGACAAUAACUGAGAAUGGACACCAAUGGAUUGGUUUAGAUAUUUCUCAUUCGAUGCUGAAUGUUGCGUUGGAAAAAGAGGUAGAGGGUGAUUUAUUACUUGGUGAUAUGGGUCAGGGUUUAGGACUUCGUCCUGGAGUUAUCGAUGGGGCUAUAAGUAUCUCCGCUGUUCAGUGGUUAUGCAAUGCUGACAAGUCCUCUCAUGAGCCAAGAUUGAGAUUAAAGGCUUUUUUCGGAUCAUUAUAUAGAUGCUUAGCAAGGGGAGCAAGAGCAGUGCUCCAAGUAUAUCCUGAAAAUCUGGCCCAACGUGAGCUGAUUUUGAGUUAUGCAAUGCGUGCUGGAUUUGCUGGUGGUGUGGUUGUUGAUUUCCCACACAGUACCAAAAGUAGAAAAGAGUACCUUGUCCUCACUUGUGGUCCACCAUCUCUCAGCACAGCCAUUCCUAAUGGAAAAGGUGAAGAUGGAGAAAGUUGCUCUGAUGAUGAGAGCAGCGGAGAAGAAGAAAAUCGGACGGUUUGCAUUUCAGACAGGCACAGACCGAGGAAAAAGCAGAAAAUAAACAAGAGAGGCAAGGGCAGAGAAUGGGUGUUGAGGAAGAAGGAACAGAUGAGAAGGAAAGGUAAUGUUGUGCCCCCAGACACCAAAUACACAGCUCGGAAACGGAAGGCUCGCUUCUGAUGGCUACAUUAUUGUUAGUAUUAUAUCUAAAGCCUUUGUGAUGGGGAGGGGUUCUAUAAGUUUUGCCGUCUACUUGUUUACAUGUUACUUAAGAUGAUGUUUGUUUGUUUAAAGAUUUAAGGGAAUAUGGUACAAAAUGCCAAAAUCUUUGGUUGCAUUUUCCUUUUCAUAUAGUCAGAGUAUCCAACAUGUAGCAUUGUUGUUUUAAUGUAAAGUCAGGAACCAAGUAUAUGGAAAUUCAUCUUCUCUACGGACGAAAA